AUGUUGGAUAGCGAAGAGGAGGAGAAGAAGAAGAGCGGGACCAAGUCGCCGCCGAAGACGCCGGCGUCCAAGGCGCCGCUCGCGCGCCACACUGGCGGCGGCAGCGGCAGCUGUGAGCUCCGUGUGGUGGAGCGCGUCAUGCGCAAGGAGUCGGGGACGUCCACGAUGCUCACGCGCACAAACUACAUGGAAUGGGCGCUCGUGAUGCAGGUCAAGCUGCAGGUCGCCCGCGUCUGGUCCGCGGUGACCGAGGACGCCGCCGACGAGUGCGACGGCUGGCGCGCGCUACAGAUCAUCCUCACCGGCGUUCCGCCGGAGUUGAUGCUGGUGCUGGCCGCGAAGGACUCGGCAAAGAAGGCGUGGGAGACCAUCAAGACGCUCCACAUGGGGAGCGAACGGGCUCACGAGGCCAAGGCGCAGGUGCGCCGCCGCGAGUUCGAGGAUCCACGCUUCAAAGACGGCGAGUCCGUCGAGGACUUCGGGCUGCGACUUGUCGGCCUCGUCUCCGACCUGGAGCUGUAUGGUGAUCCCGUGACGGAGCACAAGGCGGUCCAGAAGUUCCUUCGCGUGGUGUCGUGGAAAUAUCGUCAGAUGGCAAUGGCAAUCGAGAGCCUCGUCGAUCUGAAGACGAUGACCAGCGGGAGCUCGUCGGGCGUUUCUUGGCAUAUGAAGAUCAUUACGAUCUCGACGAUGCGGGGCAGUCCGGCGGCCGCCUGCUCUUCACGUGAGGAGUGGCUCGCCCACGAGCGACGGCUAGGUUGGGGCGGGUCGUCGUCCGGUGGCGGCGGCGGCAAGAACAAGUCGCCGGGCAAGCCCAAACCUCACGGCGGUGGCGGUGGCAGACUUGCGUCGGGCAGCGGCGGCGCGGGAGGAUCCGGCGGCUCUGGCGGGAAAAAGAAAGGCAAGUGCCAUUACUGCAACAAGCUGGGCCACUGGAAAAAGGAAUGCUGCACCCGGAUCAAGGACGAGGAUGAGAAAGGCAAGCAGGGCCAAGCACAUCUUGUCCGCGACGGCGACGAGCACCAUGAGGGUCUCAUGAUGGCCACGGUCACCAUGGGUGUUAUGACCAGCAUAGUGGCGCCCCAACAAGUGCAUUUGAAUGAACAGAAGGUCUACCCAGAGAGCUCGCCGCCGGGGGUGUGGUACUUCGAUAUAGGCGCAACCAGUCACAUGAAGGGCGAGCGUGGGAUGUUUACAACUCUUGAUGAGUCAGUACAAGGCAGUGUGAAGUUUGGAGAUGGCUCUCAUGUUGCGAUCCGAGGCAGGGGUUCAGUCAUUUUCAGAGGACAAAGUGCUAAUCAGCGUGCAUUGUCAGAGGUAUAUUUCAUUCCAAGUCUCAACAGCAACAUAAUUUAUGUGGGUCAGUUGGAUGAAGGGGGGUGCAAGAUAGAGAUACAUGAGGGUCUGAUGACGAUCUACGAUCCUGGACGGCGCAUGAUGGCUCGUGUCCGGCGCUCCCGCAGCCGCCUAUACACUGCAGCCCUCACCAUUGAUGCUCCAAUCUGCCUUCUAACGAAGAGCGACGAUGUGACCUGGCGUUGGCAUGCUAGGAUGGGACAUCUCCACUUUAGAGCACUGCGUACUAUGUCCUCCAAGUGA